AUGUCUCAAUACACCAUGGCAAACCAACAGUUUGAUUCUCACUUCGGCAACCCUAAUGGCAACGACGCCGUCGACCCUUCGGACCUCACCAUGCAAAAUGGCAUGUUCAUGCCCUACUCUUUUGGCUCCCAGCAGAAUAUGUCUGCAAGCUACAACAUGGGCAACUCUGGUAUUGACACCGACGAACUGCUCGACCUUGACCUCAAUGGCCAGAACGGGGUCCAGCGCAACGACGGAAUGGGUUUUAUUCAGGACCAGCGUCAGAACCAAGGAUUAUCCAUGAGUCAUCAGAGCCAGAUGACUGGGGUGUUUUCUCACACACCAGAGGGCGCCCCGAUGCACAGUCCGUUCCUCCAGAACAGCUUCAAUAACUUUGACCAGUUCCAGGGUAUGAAUCAACAUUCUCAGAACACGCCUGCUCACCUUAGUGCACCCAAUCACUUUGAUCAGAAUUUCAUGAACGGCAAGACUCGGCCUAGUAUACAGACCAUGGACCGAUCCUCCUCGGACGUGAGAACACCCAUGACUCCGAAGACACCCGCCAUUGGUGCCUUGAAUUUGGGCACUCCAGAAUCUGGCAGCUUUCCGUCCCAGCCCAUCCGCGCAGGCAACCUUCAGCACCGCCACCAGAAGACCUUGUCGAAUCAAUGGGAUGGCACCCCGGGAAGUGGUCAGUCGUUUAUUGAGUCUCCUAUUGCAUCGCCAAACAACCACCAGUCGCACCAUGCUGGCAUCUCCGAAGUUUUCAAGUCCGGCAAACAUGCAUCCCUUCCGGCCAAGGUGGAUACCCAGAGCGCUCAAGCACUGGAGUCCCAGGAAGCUAAACGUCGGCGGCGUAGGGCUUCCCAUAAUAUGGUGGAGCGCCGCCGUCGCGAUAACAUCAACGAGCGCAUCCAGGACUUGUCGCACUUGGUGCCCCAACACCGCCUGGAAGAUGACAAAGUCCGCAAGCAGCUCAUGAACAACUCUACACUGUCGCCGCAUGGCGGUAGUAUGAGCCCACCCAAUGCCACCUCACUCUUGGCGGGUGGGAACGGCCGUCGAGCCACGGCGGGUAGUAUCACCAUGGGCCUUCCCAUUGAAGAAAAGGAGAAGGGACCCAACAAAGGUGAUAUUUUGAACGGCGCCGUGAGCUGGACGAGGGAUCUCAUGUGGGCCCUUCACGUCAAGAUGCAGCAAGAGGCUGAAUUGGCCGAGCUCAUUUCCAGCUUGGGAGGUACCUGGCCGUUUGAACAAACCGAGGAUGAGAAGCGGAUGCGAACUGAGCUUCUUGAUGCUAUGGAGAAGAACGACCCGACUAGUUUCACGUACAGCCGGGCUCCCGGAAGUGGGCUUCGAGUGCCCAAGCACACAAACAUUGCUGGAAACGCUGUCCAGAACGGUGGCCUCAGCCCACAAGACUUGAGCCCAGCGUUCAACAGCGGCGGCAGUGGAGCAAACAGUGGUGGAGGACAGCCCCAGUUCUGGAGCAACUCCGCUCAGAAUGGAGGAAUCUUCAAGGAGGAAGACGAGUACUCCAUGGAUAUGUAG